AUGUCAUCUUCCUACGCAAACCCCGUACCCACUCCGGGUGACUCGUCUUCAUUCGUCGACCCGUCAAGCGCGGGGGCAGAGAGCCAGCAGGCGAAGCGUAGACGAAUCAACUUCGCCUGCAACUACUGCCGCAACCGCAAGACGCGCUGCGACGAGCAGAAGCCCUCAUGCAGGGCCUGCAUCGCCGCUGGGAUCGAGUGCGUCACCACCGAUCGCCGUCGUCCCGGCAUCGAGGUGCAGCGGCGCGAGACGAAGCGCCGCAUGUCGCGGGCGUCCACCUCGUCCUUGCCGCAGCCCGCGACUCCGGCUGGACCCUAUGCGUCUCCUCAGUCUACCAGAGGCGGUGAGAUCUGCCACAGCUCGGCGGAUAUUGCCAUUCCCGGGCAUAAGAGCUCGCCCUCUGUGGCUGACCUCAGCCAUGAUGAGAGCUCGAAAGACUCUCACUCCACAACGACAGGUCCAACACCGAGGACAAGGAACUCAACAUCAGUACCCGCUACUCACACAGCUCCUCCUCAAGAAGAGGAAGAGCCUCCUAACGGCAAUGGAAAGUUCCAAGGAAAGUUACCCGUAGUACGACCAAGCCGGCACAGUACCUCCGUCGAGAUUCUAGCCGACUGGUUGGAUCUCGCCUCGCGCCGGCUGGGUCUGCAGCACAGGAGGGGUCUACCGACGCCCCCAAGUAACCCGCCUAGUAGCCGAAUCCGCGCGCUUCUUACAUCGGAGCCCUGCCGCUUCCCUCCCGCAGGAUGCGCGCGCCUGUUGGCGGCUAGGUUCUUUGACGGUGUCAACAUUCUUUAUCCUCUACUGAACCGCGACCGGUUCCAAAAGGACCUUGACUUGGCCCUGGAGUCGGGCCCGGUAGAGCUUGCUGAGACUAGAGGUGUGGCAAUUCUCGCUCAGAUGUACCUCAUCUGGUCCAUCGGGUUCUCUGCCGAACCACUGCUCGACCCCGUCGUAGAUCCAAGAGAGUACCUCGACUACUGCAAGACACUGUUAGGUCACCUCGUCGUCGCCAACAAUGUCGAGAAUAUCCGAGCAAUUGUCCUGUUGUCGCUAUGUAUGCACUGCUACGACGACUGCGCCGGGGCCUGGAACACGCUCAGCGUCGGCGUCUCCAUGGCCAUCGCCAUGGGGCUGAACAAGCCGCGCACAUGUCGUCGCAAGUGUCAAAACAAGAAACCAGACGCCCUCGACGACGAGGAGCGCCGAAUAUUCUGGCUUGCUAUUUAUGCCUUUGAAAAGUUCCUCUCAUUCGAGAUGGGCCGGUUGUCUUCGAUUGACGACGAAGACUGCUACCCCGCUCAUGUGCAGGAACUUGCGACUUACACAGAAGCUGAGACAUCCUCCAAAGGCAAAGCGUUCGCAGUGACGGUUGAUCUCGCCAGAAUUCUGAGUGAGAUUGGUCGAAAAUCGGUCAUCGUCAGCAGAAAAGAAGACGGUGUCACGGGACCUGCGCUGCAGGCUGUCAUUACCGAGAAGGUUCAGACUACCGGAGAGGCACAGCUGCUCCUCACGAGAUGGGGCGAGUCCGUUCCCGACGAACUUCGACCAACGUCAGAUAUCCUCAUCGGCUCUAGGAUAUGUCCGUUUGCUUCUUUUAUCUCGAUGCAUUACAACAACGCUCUCGUCAUCCUGUCGAGGAAUAGUCUCCUCAUCAGCGAAGAAGCCAUAUCGAGCGGCGCCAACAUCAUCGCCAAAGGCAAGCCAUGGGACUACAUGGUUCGGAACGGACCGUCGAUCGCUGCCAACGCUUCCCGAAAGAUGCUUCGCAUUCUCGUAGAGACUCUCGAUUCCAAGUCAAACUCUGUGUAUCCGAGUUUGCUUGUCGCCCUCCAUGCUCUCGUCACGCUAUCAGUCCAUGUCGCCACGCAUCCCGACUCCCGCAUCUCCGCAAUGGACUUCCAUUUGAUCCAAACUGCGGCGGACACAAUGAAGGAGGCUUACUCUCGCCUCCGGGGCGACGCCCUCUUCAAUGGCCUAUUGCACAAAAUUGACACGAUUCUGCAGCAGUCAACGCCGGCCACGACACGGCUGGCUGCACAACCCAUCCCACCAGCAGUUCCAGCAGCAUCAACACAAGGGAGCCAAGAUAAUCCCUGGGCAGCCCAAGGCGACGGCCCAAACCAGACGCCAAAUACUUGGGCGGACAACAAUAAAAUGAAAGAGGCGGGACCCACUCCCGACAUGUCGGCAGCACCGAUAUUCAACCAGAACUACAUCGUCCCUGGCGCCAACGACUUUGGAUAUGAUCCCAUGGGUGGCAUUCCAAUGCCGGGUGAUGAGUGGUCGCCGAGCAUGUCCGAUGGAGUCGGAUGGGACUGGUCGUGCUUCUCACAGCUGUUGGCUGAUCAGUUUCAACCGCAAUGA